AUGGCUCAGAAAGCAGCCAAAUCUCUUGCCACCCGCAAUACUGCCCGCCUCCGACAGACGCAUCUCAUAACCCUCUCAAUACACUCACUGUUCCUCCUCCUGAAAUUCACGCUCCGCCGCUCUCUCUCUUUAUGGAUCUAUCUCCUUUUAAGCGCUCCAGCAUUACUCCUCGAAGUAUAUCUCGACAUCCUCGCGCGUCCGACAUAUCAUCCUAACGGGGACCUGAAAAAGGCAGGAGAGGAUCUAGAUGCGAAAGGCCUGACCGAGUUUAUGUGGGAUAUUGUGUACUGGACCUGGAUCAAUCUCAUCCUAGUAAUGAUUUUGGGGAAUCGCGGGUGGUGGGUCUACGUGAUCGUUCCUACAUAUGCCGUAUAUUGCAUUGUUGGUGCCGCGAGGGGUGUCAAGGGGAUGAUGGGAGGACUGGCUGGGGGAGGCGGAGAGGGUGACGAUAUGGCACAGAGUAAGAGGCAGACAAAAAUGGAGAAAAGAGGGGGCCAAAAGGUCAAGUAUCGCUGA